UGGCGUUGGGAAACCGUGACGGCCCCUCCGAAGGUUUCCCAUAUUUGUUCAAAAGGCGAGCAGCGGAGCGGAGGCUGCCCGGGAGGGCGAUCGCGGAGCCUCGGAGGGGGUUGAAGCGCGUCUCUUUGCGGGUCGUGGGAAUGGGGUCCAAGACGAAAGAAGCGGCCAAAGCCCCUGGCCAAGAGCCCAGGGUCGCCUCUGGCAAGGAGACCCCCGCAGCCCCUUUGGAGAAGAAGAAGAGCCGCCCGGGGGACGAUGCCAAAGCGGGCAAGGAUGAAGACGUUCACACGUGCUGCGGUUGCCGGUUCCCGUUGCUGGUGGCUUUGCUGCAGCUGGUCCUGGGCGUCUCCAUCACCGUCCUGGCCUUCCUGAUGGCCGAGUUCAGCCCUUCGCUGCUGCUGCGGGAGACUCCAUAUUGGGCUGGAGCGCUUGUUUGUCUGGUGGCUAUCAUUGGGUUUGUGAUGCUUUGUAUUUCUUACCAGCCGGAUGAGAAAACUUGCAUUCAGUUCUUCAUCAAGGUUGCCUAUUUCCUCCUGAGCGCGCUGAGUCUGAAUGUCUGCGUGCUGGCCAUGGCUUUCGCUGCGUAUUGCUACGCCCAGAUACUCCAGUUUACCUGCGAGCCCAUCUCGGAGUCGGUUUGCCACUGCAAACUGGACACGGCAGAUCCCCUGAGCCGGACCUUCACCUACCAGAGUGACUGCAGUUUCAUCACCAACACCUUCUACCUCUUCCUGCUGAUCCAGUUCCUCCUCAACCUCCUGGCAGCCGUCGUGGGAUUUGCGGCCUGCUUCGUCAUGUGGAAGGAUCGCUACCAAGUCUUCUACGUGGGCACCCGGGUGCAGCCACACGCCGUGGCGGGAGGGAGGCCCCAAUCCAAAGUAUAGGUGGGACGAGGAGAAGGCCUCACGAGAAGCCACCAAAAUAACGUCUUUGUCCAAAAGUAGCGACUCUUCCCGAAACCCGAGGAGAGACGUGCGGGCGCAUCCGUUCACAUACAUCCGAAGAACUACAGGAUGGCGCAUUUCUAACGACAAUGGUCUGUCAAACCCUCUUGGUCGAGAACCCUUCCAACGUGCCUCCAAAUAACGCAUCCUGCAUUUGGUGCUAGUUGCAGGAAGUGUGUGAGCAUUUCCCGGAAGAGAAGACACGGAAAUGGAGACCUCCUCUUGCACAUUCCCACUUCUCGGAAUUUGGGGUGGUUAGUCUGCCAACGUUCCAAUUUUGGGUGCGGAUAGAACUGAAUCGGGGUUAUUAUCAGGGGUGAAAUGCUCCCAGUUCGGACCGGAUCACCCGAUCCGGUAGCGAUGGUAGUGGGUGGUUCGGAGAACUGAUAGCAAAAAUCCCUGCCCCCCCACAUGCCCAGCUGAGCCACGCGAUCAUCAGAGGUUUUUUUUUUUUACUUUUAAAAGCAUUUUUUCUUCGGUUGAAAAAAUGCUUUUAAAAGUAAAAAAAAAAAACCUCUGAUGAUCGCACGGCUCAACUGGGAUCAUCAGAAUCUUUUAAAAGCAUUUUUUCUACAACUUCUUCGGCCAAAGAGGUUGUAGAACAAAUGUUUUUAAAAGGCUCCUCUGACGAUCCCAGCUGAGUUGCCUGAUUCGUCAGAGGCUUUUUUUUCCUUUUAAAGGCAAAAAAAAAAAUGUUUUUAAAAGAAAAGCCUCUGACGAUCAGGCAACUCAGCUGGGAUCGUCAGAGGAGCCUUUUAAAAGCAUUUUUUUACAACAUCUUCGGCCGAAGAGGUUGUAGAAAAAAUGCUCUUAAAAGUAAAAAAAAAAAAAAAGUUGGCCACACCCACCCAGUCACAUUACCCUCCCCCACCAAGCCACGCCCACAGAACCGGUAGUAACAAAUUUUACAUUUCACCAGUGGUUAUUAUGUUUUAAUCUAGGAGUCUCCAUACUUGACAACUUUAAGAGCGGUGAACUUCAAACUCUCAGAAUUCCCCAUGCUGGCUAGGGAAUUCUGGGAGUUGAAGUCCACAAAUCUAAAAACUGCCAAAUCUGGAGAGCCCCGUUUCAGUCCAUGGCAUUUCCUUCUAGGGAAGAGCAAGUAGCUCACAAAUGUGGCCGGUACGACACUAAAUGAAGCGUUAAUGGGGACCAAGGGCAAGUAGAUGCAGAAAAAAAAACACAGGUAAUCCUCGAUUUAUGAUCAUUGAGCCCCAAAUUUACGAUGCUAAGCGAGACAUUUGUUCAGUGAGUUUUACCCCAUCUUAAGACCUUCUUUGCCACAGUUGUGCAUGUGUUUUGCUCUCUCGUGCUCAUGUGCCCGGCCUCGAAAACGUGCCUAAAUAGGACGUCACAGAGCCGGCCUGCGAUCUCCGCUAGCAGUUUUCCCGAACCAGUACGAACCGGCUGAAUUACCACCUCUGCCUCACCCUCUGUUGAGUUAGAGUUAGGUUGAAUCCUCUCUCGGACCGAAGGGAUGAGACCACCGAUCUCCAGCCUACAACACAUCUCCUUUUAGCAGUUCCAAGAAGGUUCCACACACUCA